AUGGCUGAGGAAAUUGAGCUUGCGGGGAGCGGGCAAGGAGGCGGCGAGCAGCAUGCACCUAUCGUAUUUAGCCUGCAGCAGGAUCAGCAGGACAGGUCUCAGUCAAUCCUUGACGAGGAACGUGAAAAGCAUCGACGCAGAGCGGAGCGCUUCGGCACGUCCUAUGUGGACCCGGGUCGAGUGCGCAAGGACUUCGGGCUCAUGAUGGAAGCUCGCAGGGAGCGGCUACGCGCCAGCCAUGGGUUUACAACGGGCAAUCUGGAUGUAUUUUCACCGGACAGGAUAUCCUGCAGAGAUGCAGAUGCAGGGUGCAGAUGCAGGAUGCAGAUGCAGCGUAGAUCAAUUAACGCAAACAAUCCAGAUGGGACCUCCGCACUGGCGAGAGGGGGAAGGAGAUCUGACGCCAUCGGGGAUCUGACUGUUGGGCAGGCGGAGGAACGAGAGAAGCGCGCCGCUCGAGCUGCCCGCUUCGGGAUGGAAGCCCCCUCAGCAACCCCGCUAGACGCGUACAAGCCGGAUGGGGAGGUGGAGGCGCGAGCACGGCGGGCAGCCAAGUUCGGAGUGCCGUACCAGCCGGCAGACGCUGUCCUAAUGGACAUGGACCUGUACGAGCAGCGGCGUGAGGUAGGCAAGGACGUCGAGCGGCGGCCUAACGCUAUCUACCUGUACGGCGUGGACGUGAUGAGCACCAAGGAGGUUUUGUCGUACUUUGAGGAGUACGGCCCCGUGUUUGUCGAGUGGCUGGACGAUUCGUCGUGUAACGUGCUGUUUGACGACUCGAACAGCGCCAAACGGGCCAUGGUGGGCAAGGGCACGCCGCUGCCCCCGGAGGUCAUGACGGCGGCUGCGGCCGCGGCGGCGGUGCAGGAGCAGGAGCAGGGAGAACUGCAGCAACAGCUGGAAGACGUCGGGGCGCCGGCACCGGUACCAGUAUUACGGUACCAGCCAGAGCUCCCCGUGCCGGACAACCUCUCUGACGUGGCCAACCUGCCGUACAUCUGGCACAAAGGCCAGGACUUCGUAAAGGAUGGUACCUCCGUGUCGCUGGUGUUUCGGAUGGCCACAACAGAGGACGUCCGGGACAUGAGCCAGCCUAAGCGAACCAGGGAGCUCUGGAAAUCGGCGGGAGGGGGCGGCGGUGGGGGCGGCGGCGGGGACCGGGCCGGGCGAGGCCGGGGCCGGGGCCAGCAACAACAGCAGAGGCGAGGCAAGCGACCGGGCCGUCCUGGCAGCGGUGCCAAUGGGGAUGGCGAUGGUCCCGCCGAUAUGGACGUGGAUGAUAACGGCCACGGGGCAGGGACGAACGACGAGGAUGAUGACCGCGAGGUACCCAGGAAGCGCUCACGCGGCGUUCGGGGCGGCCAGCGGCUCGCCAUGCGGGAGGUACGGCCGGUUCUGCAGCCGUACGGCGGUACGGGCCUGCUGCAGGUUGGUGGUGCCGUGCUGCCGGCCAAAGGCCACGUGCUUGACUACACGGAGUUGGAGGAUGAGGAUCCGGUGGCGGCGGCAUCGGCCGCGGUAUCAGUGGCGAAGGGGAUGAAGGCGGUGCUGUCCGGGGGCGGCGGUGGCAUGGGAGGUGGCGGGGGGGGUGCGGGGGGACGGGCUGGGACGGGCGGGCGGAGAGGGGGGAGGAAAGGCCGAGGAAGGGGACGAGGGGGGGAGGAAGGAGAGGGUGUAGACAGGCCGGAGGUGGAUGUUCGGGAGCUGCUGAAGGCGCGACGGUCGCGGCUGCCGGCGCCAGCUAAGGGCGGGCCGGGGCAGGAGGGCGUCGACAGCGGCGAUGACGGGCUUGUUCAUAAUGGUGAUGGCCAUGAUGGUGGGGGUGGGGAGGACGGCGUUGGGAUGAUGGGCGGCGAGGAGGGGGCCGUACACGUCGACGUGACGGAGAUGGUGGAGUAA